UCUAGAUACCCUGACCAGGCGCGCAGAGGGGCGGGACGGCGCGGGGGCGGCCGCCGGGAGUGAACCACCUUCAGGUCGCUCCCGGGACCGCGCGGAGGAAGUUCUAGCACCUCGGCUCACGGAGCGUCCACACGUCCAGGCGGGGCCUGGACGCCGGAGACCGCGGCGGAGCUCCCGGGGCCACGGAGCCCGGGCGGGCGGACGACGCGGUCAGCGUCUCUCUGCCGCCCUGCUGCUCGGCGCCGGCCGCGGCACCUUGCUGGUGCUCAUUCUUCACCAGAAGUGCCGGCGUCCCCUCACCCCUUGCCCAGCUCGGCCCGGUCAACGUCAGCCGCGGAAAGCUGCUGGUGUCGCUUUUCGGGAUCACCUUCGUGUUCUUCCUGAGGAACUGCUGGGUCUGGGAGACAGAGGGCCGGGGCGCGUUUAGCUGCAGUGUUUUGGAGAGGAGAGAAAGCAGAAGCUUUAGAACCGUGAAAUUGAAGGAGAAAAGUGACAGACUCGUGCAAAUUGAGAAGAGUUCCAGUUACACAGGCUUGUCAUGCAGUUGACAUUUACUGUUAAGACGAAAUGCAGAAAUGAAAACUACACAUCCACUUUUUUGGUCUCAAAUUUGAUUACAUAUACUGUGUUAUGUCUUUAUGCUACUGACCUAUAAGAAAGAAAUUAAGAGGAUAAUAGUAAAACAGCUACUCUCUGCAACCUUGACAUUUCAUGGAUUAAAUGAACACUAUGAGAAGAUAUUUUUUUAUGGCAUAUUCACAUCUCAUUCUUCCUACAGUCAUACACAUUUCUCCCAUCAAAACCUUUGUCAUCAGACACCACUCCUCCCAGAAUGGCAAAUAAUCUACCCACAGAGUUUGAUGUGAUUGUAUUAGGAACAGGUUUGCCUGAAUCCAUCCUUGCAGCAGCAUGUUCAAGAAAUGGUCAGAGGGUUUUGCAUAUUGAUUCGAAAGGUUAUUAUGGAGGAAACUGGGCUAGUUUCAACUUUCCAGAAUUGCUAUCCUGGUUGAGGGAGAAUCAGCAAAACAGGGAUAAUGAAGAAGAAAAUAAUGUGUGGCAGGACCUGAUCCAUGAAACAGAAGACACCAUUGCUCUUCGCAAGAAGGACAAAACAAUUCUACACACAGAAGUUUUUUGUUAUGUCAAUCAGAAUAUGGAUGACAAUGUUGAAGAGAUUACUGCUUUACAAAGAAAUCCUUCACCUGAGCCAUCUAGCAUCCAUACUAAACCUUUGGAUUCUGCAUCCUUAUCUGAAGAAACACAGUCAGAAAACAUGGGCUAUGAGUUAUGUACAGGAGAAAAUAUGGAAAACACUGGAGAAACUUGCCCAGAAGUAACUCAUGUUGAGGAAACCCUGGCAAAAGAAAUGUAUUGUGGAGAUAACACUUGUAUACAUACAUUUUCAAAUGAAGCUAAAGAUGAAAACGAAUCUACUGACAAACCAAAGAAGAAUCUAAUUAAAUACUCUCAAAUAAUUAAGGAAGGUAGGAGGUUUAAUAUUGACUUGGUAUCAAAGCUGCUGUAUUCUCAAGGGUUGCUGAUUGAUCUUUUAAUAAGAUCAAAAGUUAGUCAUUAUGCAGAAUUUAAAAAUGUAACUAGAAUUCUUGGAUUUCAUGAAGGAAGUAGAGCAGAUGUUUUUAAUAACAAGAAACUCACUAUGAUUGAAAAGAGAAUGCUAAUGAAAUUUCUUACAUUUUGUUUAGACUAUGAACAACAUCCUGAUGAAUACCAAGCUUUCAUUCAAUGUUCAUUUUCAGAUUACUUAAAAACUAAGAAAUUAACCCCUAAUCUUCAACAUUUUAUACUACACUCAAUUGCUAUGACACCAGAGGCAUCUUGCUCUACAGUAGAUGGUCUCAAAGCAACAAAAAUCUUCCUUCAGUGUCUUGGACGAUUUGGCAACACUCCCUUUUUGUUUCCCUUGUAUGGCCAAGGAGAAAUUUCCCAGUGUUUCUGCAGGAUGAGUGCAGUUUUUGGUGGAAUCUAUUGUCUUCGCCGUAAAGCACAAUGCCUUGUGGUUGACAAAGAAUCUGGAAGAUGUAAAGCAAUUAUAGAUCAGUUUGGUCAAAGAAUAAGUGCAAAAUAUUUUGUUGUGGAGGAUAGUUAUUUUUCUGAGGAAACAUGCUCAAAUAUACAGUAUAAGCAGAUUUCCAGAGCUGUGCUCAUUACUGAUCAGUCUAUUCUGAAGACCGAUUCAGAUCAGCAGAUUUCCAUUUUGGUAGUACCACCAGUGGAACAAACAUCUUGUGCUGUUCGGGUCACUGAAUUAUGUUCUUCAACCAUGACAUGCAUGAAAGGUACCUAUUUGGUACAUUUGACUUGCUCAUCUUCUAAAACAGCAAAAGAAGACUUAGAAUCAGUGGUAAAAAAAUUAUUUACCCCAUAUUCGGAAACAGAGAUAGGUCAGGAAGAACUUACAAAGCCUAGAGUCUUGUGGGCACUUUAUUUUAAUAUGAGAGAUUCUACUGGAAUAAUCAGAGAUGUGCUAGCAGUAAUAACUAAUGCAAAGGCCAUUAUGAUAAAAUAGCGUAUAAUCAUUAAAAUGUUAUCUUCACAGCUUAUAAUCAUUAAAAUGUUAUCUUCACAUGA